CCUCUAUUUAAUGUACCCCGCUAUAAGCGACUUGUCCACUAUAUAGAGGUUUGUUUAAAUAGUGGGAAUUUUAAUUUAGAAAAUUUUUUGACUAAAAAGAGUGAAAAAAAUUAUUUUUAGAGUCAAAAGACAUGCAACUCGAAUGGUUUUUGUAGUUAUUUUAACUUUUGGAUUCUGUUGGUUACCUCAAAAUUUUCGUUUUUUCCUUCAAGGAUUAAAUUAUCCACAAGCUAGUUUUUGGGAGCAUAAUGAAAAAAUACUUUUACUUGUCCAGUCAGUUGUGCAAACAAUGGCUUAUGCAAAUAGUUGUGUUAAUCCUAUACUUUAUGGUCUUCUAUCAGAACGUUUCCGAAUAGCCUUUCGUCGAACAAUUUCACGCUUUUUAAUUUGUUUGUGCCCAACACUAAUAAAUCCAAGUUUAACCCCUUCCCCAGCAUCUUUUGCUAAUAAUUAUUCUCUUCAACUACAUAGAAAUUCAUUGCAUCCCUCAAAUAAUUCAAUUAAAAGACCUUCCUCUACCGUUAAUUUUGGGGGGACAACAACAACAAAUUUGUUAACUGAAUAUAGCAAUAAUAGAGACAAUGGGUGGAUUAAUAAUAAAAUUAAUGGAUUAAAUAAUAGUACUCCUUCAAUCUACAGUCAAAAUUCAUUAGAUGAACAUCGAAAAAAUUCUCAACAAUCAUUACAGUUACUAGCUACUUUAAAUGGAAAUAAAUUGAUGACUUUGGGUGAAGAAAAAAUAGACAGUAGUAAUAUUAAUGAAGAUAUUGAAGAUUAUAAUGAUGAGGAUGUUGUUCUUUUGUAG